CCGGUCGAGGUCUGGAGGCACCUUUGCAACACCGAGAGCACACUUGGCCCCCCUAUUCUUGAUUCCCAACAGUUCUCCCACUUCAGACAGACGCCAUGGCCGAUGCUGAUGCUGAAGUCAUCUUGGACUUUGGCGGCGUGAACCUGAAGACGUUAUACGACACUAAAAACGGCGCAACUGACGUCUACGAGUAUCUUCAACAAGUCAUUACCAACUAUAACACACUCGAACCUCAGAUUAGCGACGCUACCAGGGAUGAGUUGAUCACAAUCAGGGAUCAGUUGAUGCUUCUGAGCCUUCCAGCGGGUGCCGAAUACAUUGUAUUGAACAAGAACAUGAAGCCCGCUCCGAAUAUGAGGCCCGACCAACAUAUUCGCCGCGAGUUUAUGAAGACCUGGCUGGACAAACCCAAGCCAGCCGGCGCCUCCAAGUUCUCGGUAUUGGCAAAAGAGUCCCCCCACUACUGGUCCAAGCAGGACGUCAAGCGCCCCUACUGGAACCCAUACGACCUCUUGGGGUUGUUCCUUUCUAAGAUGGGCCCGGCUCCGGGCCACGGCGCCGCCGACAUGCACAAUUUCUACCUCCCGCUCACAGCCGUCUAUGCCCGCUUCUGUCAGUGGAUCGGCGGCAACAUGGAACCGGCCACGGUGCCUCCUGAGGACCCAACAAAGAGGAAGAAGGGCCCAAAGGGUAAGGGCGUCGGCGACCCAUCCUACUUCUACCAGUGCACCUGGGACCCAACCACCGGCGACUUCUUCCUCGGCGCCACCCUGGCCGGGUACGCGUACGGCGGUGGAAACGAGACCGGCACAUGGGAGGAGACGUUGAAGUUGAAACGGUACGACCUCCUGAACAACUUCCACCAGUUCCCCGGCACUUGGGAGUAUCCAGCAGCCCCUACCCACGAGAUUCAACAAAAGACCACACGGUUUGGCAACUGUGGCGAGACAUAUCCUUACCUGGAGAUGCUUGGCCCCCACGUAAACGACGUAGAGGACAGGAGGAGGAUUCACGGACUCGCCCUUCAGCGCGAUUUUUCUUCGGUUGUGGAGUACAGCACUCCAGACUUCUUCAGGUUCCUUGGCCCGCCCUGCAUCAACUGCCAGGCACUGCUCUCGUUUGCCGGCAUC